AUGACAAUCUUCAACUGCACCAAUAUUCUUGUUGGGGUGGGCAUUCUCGCCCUGCCGCUUGGACUUCAACAAUGUGGUUGGGUUGUUGGUCUGUUCCUCCUCACAUUGCCGGCACUGGUCACGGCGUACACGGCAAAGCUACUGGUCAGAUGUCUCAACACCGAUCCAAGUGCGGUUACGUACGGUGACAUUGCAUACCUUGCUUUUGGCAGGAUGGGCCGCCGUUUGGUCGAAGUGCUGUUUGUUUUCGAGCUCCUCACUGCCAAUGUGGCGCUGAUAAUCCUGUUUGCGGACAGUGUCGGUUCACUGGUAUCAACGCUGAGCGUGUCCAUGUGGAAGAUUGUCAUUGCCGUCGGCCUCAUCCCCCUGAAUUUCGUGCCUCUGCGCAUCUUGAGUGUCAGCAGUGCCAUCGGGAUCUUCUGCAUCGCUGGCAUCCUCGUCCUUCUCGUCACCACAGGCCUGGCGAAGCCCGACACGCCGGGCUCCCUCUGGCAGCUAGCAGACACACGCGCCUUUCCCUUGGAUUGGAGAUCGGUGCCGGCAACGCUGGGUCUAUUCAUGGCUCCCUGGGGUGGGCACAGCAUCAUCCCCUCUGUAUUCAAGGACAUGCGGCAUCCGCAAAGAUACAGCACCGCUCUUGCUUAUACAUACGGGGUCACAUACUGCCUUGCCUUGUCGAUCGCGGCUCUCGGAUAUUUGAUGUUUGGCGACGGCGUUCUUACCGAGAUCACGUCCAACAUCCUCAGCAUCGAGUCGUAUCCUCGGGUCGUCGCGGUCUUUACGCUGGCCCUCGUCGCAGUGGUACCUCUUACAAAGAUUGCCCUGGUCAAUCGGCCUCUCAUGGAUACGAUCAACAGGACACUGGGGGUUGGCCUCCUUCAAGUUCACGAUCACAUCCCUGAAACUGACUCAGGUAAACCCGACCACCGAGGGAGCCCCGGACGUCGAUUCGCCCGCGUUUCCAUCGGAACGUUGUGCAAUCUGCUCGAACUAGCCCUGGCCAUCACCAUCCCCAACUUUGACGACGUGGUUGCAUUGAUGGGGUCGGCGCUGUGCAUCGUCAUCUGCAUCGUCUUGCCUGCAUGCUUCUACCUCAAGAUCUGCCGCGAUGAGCAUAGCAAGAUGGGUCUUUUUGACGAGGUCGCAUGCUGGUCGCUGGUCAUGAUAGGGAUUGUGUGUGCGAUUUGUGGAACCUGGUUUGCCGUGCUAGACCAGCCGAUGGACGGAUAG